AUGGCGGGAUCGUUAAAAAAUUUCAGGUCAAUUUGUAAAAAAAUUAUUUGUAUUGGACGCAACUAUAGCGAACAUGCAAGUGAAUUAGGCAAUGUCGUGCCCAGUAAACCAAUGAUAUUUAUGAAACCUCCAAGCGCUUUCGUUCUAGAACCAAAUAAAAUAAUAAUUCCGUCUGAAUGGGAUGAACUCCAUCAUGAAGUUGAAUUAGGUGUUAUAAUUGAUAAGCAAUGUCGAAAUAUUGAUAAAGAUCUAGUCGAAGCAAAUAUUGGUGGAUAUUGUCUUGCGCUUGAUAUGACGGCACGAAAGGUUCAAGAUCAACUAAAGAAACAAGGUCAUCCAUGGUUACUUGCAAAAGGUUUUGAUACAUCGUGUCCAUGCGGAGAUUUUAUUGAUAAGAGUAAAAUUAAUUUAUCAUCAUCUGUUAAUCUUUGGCUAAGUGUUAAUGGAAAAAUGAGACAAAAUGGUCAUACUCGUGAUAUGAUUUUUUCGGUUCCCGAUUUAGUUGCUUACAUAUCAAAAUAUAUUACACUUGAACAUGGAGAUUUAAUUUUAACUGGUACACCAGCUGGUGUCGGUCCAGUUAAACGAGGGGAUCAAAUUGAAGCAGGAAUUAAUGGUGAUAAUAAUUUGAAAUACACAAUGAAAUUUAAUGUUGCUACUCAAUAA